AACGCCAUAUUCCAAGAACCACAUCAGGAAGAUUUACAAUAAAGCUCUCACUAUACUAUAGUGUAGCAAUAUUGAUCUGAAAAAUAGGAUCAUUUUACGAUAUGAGAUGACUAGGCUAUGGUGGUAUUGGAGUAAAAUAUUGGAGACUGACUUGCUGAGACAAAAAAGCGGUUACAGGUAUCGAUGAUGUGGUGAUGAUUUACUAAGAUAUUCAAGAUAGGUUUAGAAACAUGUCCUCCAAACACCGUGAGAAAAUUAAAAGUUUAAAGGCACUGGAUGAUUCCAAGUUGUUCAAGGCCGAAUCACCAGUUAAGUACUUUUCUACAGAUAAAUCCUUUUCGCUCGGGAGUGGUUCAAUGGGCACAUGUGUUUAUCUUGGUGUUAUGGAAGAUGGUAGUGAAGUGGCUAUUAAAGCAAUGAUACUUCAAGUAUCUGAAGAAAUAGCAGAAAAUGAGAGAAACAUUCUAUCUCUAAUUCAGACAAAAAAUUCGCAAUUUGUUGUAAACUACCGACAUUUUUUUCGAGACAAGACUUUCAUGUAUUUGGUUAUAGAUCUUUGUGAAGAGACGCUAAAGGAUCAUGUUCGUUCCCAAAGUCCAGACGAUCUGCGAAAACAUGCUCGACGUAUGAUUAAAGAGAUCUUAUCUGGUCUGGAAUUUCUUCACAAUAAGGAAUUUUGCACAGAGACCUUAAACCGUCCAACGUCUUGGUCGACAUUGGGGGUCAUAUGA